AUGGAGAUCUACGUACCAGAUUCAGCAGAGUCAGUAACUCAAACCUGGCUGAAAGAUGUCCUGACACUGCAUAUCCCUGGGGAGUUUGAGGUAACCAAGCAUGAUGCCAAGGGCCUAACCAAGGGAAAGAUGCGAGAUGGUUACCUCAGCCAGAUGGUGGCCAUCACAGCAGAGGUCACUACAUCUGAUGGCAAGACCCUGACCUUUCACCUUAUGGCCAAGAUGUUCCCAGCGGGGGAAUUCCAGCGAAAGAUGGUCACCUUGACCCGAGCAUUUGACAGAGAGAUCCACGUCUACAAGGAACUCCUCCGCCAGGUUAGAGAAGCACAGGCUGGAAAUGCAAAAGUCUUGGAACCUGCAUUUGCCAAAUGUUACCACACCUGUGCCAACUUUAGCCAGUCGGCCAUUGUCAUGGAAGACUUGAAAGCCACGGGAUACCGAAUGCAUGAUCGCUAUGCUGGACUUGACUUUGAACAUUGCCAGCUCAUCGUCAAGGAACUUGGAAGGUUCCAUGCUCUCACCUAUUACACCAAGGUCAAGCAGGGCAACAUUGAAAUGUUUCUCUGCAAGAACGCUCCAUUGCUGGUUGAGCCACUGCAAAAUUUUGGACCAAUACUAGCCAUGGGGAUGAACAACAUUACCCUUCUUCUAGAGGGUCAGGAAAGAAAGGACCUGAGCGAGAAGAUUAAGGCUUAUUUGGCCAAGCAUCCAGAUCCUUCUGAGACCUUCUAUGCAAUUACAGGUCCACGGGGUCCUAUGAGCACAUUUGUUCAUGGAGACUGUUGGAACAACAACAUGAUGUUCCGAUAUGAGACCAAAGAAGGGAAAGAAGUUCCAGUGGAGGUCAAGCCCGUGGACCUCCAGAUUUCCCGAUACACACACCCUACCAAUGACCUGGCCUACCUAUUCUAUACCAGCACCAACCGUGACAUGCGAGACAAGCACCUGGAAUCAUUGCUCAAGUUUUACCAUAAUUCAUUCUUGGAAACAAUGCAGACAUUGGGAAUGGAGUGCCCUGAUGCAUAUAGCUAUGAUGAAAUGAAGAAGGAGUUCUUCAAAGUCAGUGCUGAAGCAGGAUUCCUAUGUGCUUGCUGGCUGAUUCCAGCUAUGUUGAUGCAGGAAGAGGAUGCAGUUGACUUAGACACAUUGAAGGAAAGUGAUAUGAAAAAUCUUAUGGAUGAUUACCAGGAAAAGAUUGUCAAAGGAACCAAUAAGAAGAUUGUUGACCGAAUUGUUGGCCUGGCUGAAGAAAUGAUUGAGCUUGGAGUCAUCUAGAAGUCAAGUAUCAGAGAAUCAUUCCAUGUGCUAUAACCAAAAUUAUUGGGGUUACCAAAGUUAUUGUCAUUACCAUAUCUUCUUGAAAUUUCAUACUGUACCAGCAGCACAGAUAUCAAUUGAAUAAAAUUUCCCAAUAUUAAUGGCCAGUUUUCUUAUGCAAUAUUUUAACUGUGCAUUGUUUAUUGAUGUGAAAAAUUCAGGC